AUCCCGCGAUUAUCCCCAAAUCCCUGCUGCCCUUCGCUCUACGGUCCGUGUCAGCUGCAAUCCCUGGCUAGCGUUCUCUACGCCCUUCUUCACCCUGCUGCCCUCCAUUUAUCCGCAUCUCCCCUUAUCACACUCACAGGCUGACGCUUUCCCCUCCCAGAUCCCGAUCAGCCCACAUCUCUCUGUCUUGCCGUAUAUAGUCCUGUAUGCACAACUCCUCCAAUCCCUCCUCCUCCUCCCCAGCUAUGCCUACCAUGUACGACCGCAGUUCCCCUGCCUCACAGCACUCCUCUCUCCACUCCGCUCACAGAGCAAAGCGGCGCCACAGUCACCGCUCUCACUCGCCUGCCCCUCGCAUAUCCACCCUCCUCCCUCACCAUGGCUCUUCACAAUACUCGCCCUCCUCUCGCGCAGAGGACAUCUCCAGACUUCUAGAUCCUGCAUACUCCUCUUCUUCGUCCACCGCCGCCUCGGCCUCUCGCGCCUAUGUUGACCACCGGGGCGACCUUCACGACCCUGACUACCGCGACUUCCCCGUCCUCCGUUCAAAAACAACUCACAAGCAACGGCGCACCAGCGCAAGCAGCUCACGUUCUCUCAGCGUUCCACGCGAUGGAUACAAUCGAUACUCCAAUUCUUACUCAAUGGCCACACCCACAGGUGUGCGACCAGAGUGGGAGCGUGACUGGACUGCGGAAGGUGCGGACGCAGAGGAAGACGAAGAGCCAGAAGAUGACGCCACGACGUUUUCGUCUCAUUCUCACUUCAACCCCUUCGUGUCCGAGUCGAGGACGCGUCGAUUUGCGCCUCAGUAUUCGCCGCCACGCUGGUUUGGCGAGCCUACUCCCUUGUCCUCUUCUCCCGUGUCAUUAAACGAUGAUGAGAAUGAGGACAACGCCCUCCAGCUCGUGUCUUCGCCGUUCGAGAGGCCGCUGCGUGAGACCAUGGAUGACGAACUUGAGGAUGACGAGCGGAAGAAGCCACGGAGACAUCAUCACCGUAUCCGUAAGCCUGUUUGCAAGCGUGAGAAGGAGCAAACUAUGGCACCUGCGGAUUCGGAGAAGUGUCGAAAUGAGUCUUCCUUAGAGGGUCGCGAUGAACGCAUUCAUGUUGAAGAUAACGACUUUGUACCUUCGUGCACGCAUUCACUUCGUAGACAAUGGCAAGCAGUAUCGCUUCGCUUCCGGUUUAGCGUGUUCCACGUCAAACAGCGCAUCCGACGCAGCUUCAGGUAGAACGUAGAAUCAACCCCCCCCCCCUUUAUUCUACUCUAUCCUCUACCGAUUUUUUUGUCACGACACACUACCAUUUGCGAUGCCUUCACGACCUCACACAAUCACAUACCAAGUCUCAAUUUCAUCAUCACACGCGCAGCAUUCCACUCUCAUACCAUCACACGCCUCAGCAAUUCAUGUCUCACUUUAUAUCCGGACUUUCUUGCUUGUCGCUCGCGCACACAUGCACGCAUGCAUACACUGCGUAUACACGCUAAAAUGGUCCAUGGUUACGGUUCUAUCCUUAUGACCUACCUAUCACUAUCGCAUAUCUAUCUCCCCCCACCCGCCGCCCGCAUUCCCCAUCCGCAUCCCGCAUCCCCCCUUUGCGACUUGCUCUUCCUCUCUUCCCUCCGACUUUUGCACUACACCGAACACUCCUGCCCCGCUCUCCCAUCUUCAUCCGCAUCUCACGAUUUUGUUGGACCCUCACGUGUUACGAACCUGAAGCAAUCAAUUGUACUCUUAUGCACGCAUUUUCUUUUUGCACGUACGAACACUUCACAUUUUAUUCCCCGCCCACUUUUCUUCUUCUUUUCCCCCUCCCCGACAUUAUAUCCUUUUUGUGUUCCGCACUGUUUCAGUGUGGGUUGUUGUUUAACGUCCUUUUGCAUCACUUUCGCAUUCUCAAUGUUGUAUUUUUGCUUUCCCCAACUUUGCUUGAUUUGCUCUCACUUUAGUGAGAUACUUUCAUACGAUGAUGAAUUGUGAUGAUGAUGAUGGUCUUCUUGGUUUCAUGGGUUCACGGUUUACGGUUUUUCAAGGGUCAAUGGUUGGAUUACGAAGAGAAUGAGUUUAUAGUCACACCCCAGUACAGUAGCAAGCACUAGACACUCAAAUGCAUACAAAUAAACGCCUUAAACCAC